AUGAAAUAUGUAGUCUCGGAAAAGUGCUACUAUGAAGUUGGUCCUGGAGCACUUUGGAUCACAUGUGCUCUCUUCAACACUGAACUGUGCUUCUGUCCAUUCUCAGAACGAACUGAUAAAAGUUCCGCACGUCCAUCACUCCCAGCGCUAACACAGGCUUUUGAGGAGUUGAGCAAACAUUUUGUUCUUGUGCUUGAUGAAAUUGAUCUCUUGGCAUCCAAGACGAACUCCUUCCUUUACACUGCAUUUCAGUGGCCACAUACUAUGAAUUCUAAGUUAAUAAUCAUAGGCAUCGCUAAUUCAAUAGAUCUCACAGAAAGAUUAUUGCCAAAGCUAAAGUUAGGGCACGAGCCGCAAACGCUUGUUUUCACUCCAUAUUCGAAAGAAACUAUAGCUGAAAUUCUCAAGGAAAAGAUGUCUGCUGAUUCGGAUGAUACAAUGGAUGUAAAAGCUGUGGAGUUAUGUUCGAGGAAAGUUGCAGCUAUGAGCGGUGAUUUGCGAGCAGCCCUUCACGUCAUCAAGCAUACUAGGUACGUGCGUACAAAUGUUUUUCUUAUUUCCAUGGAACAUCCAUUGGGUUUCGUUUUGUUUCAGGUGGAUACUGAUACUGCAAAAUCUGCUAUAGCGGAUAAUGGUAUGCUUGCACAAGUGGCUGCACUCAACUUAUGA